ACGCUCGGCCCGCGAUGACCGCAGUGCGAAUCAUGGCGCGAGCGCUGACUACCGCGGCCCUCGCCGCGCUGCUGUGCGUGUGCGCAGCCGAGGAUGUCCUCUACGAAAUCAGUGAUGAUCUUUACUACCAGAUGCCGCCUCUGUUCCACCUGGACGAUUACAAGCAGUGUCUGGGGACGCACGGCGUCUACUGCCUCGGCAGCUUCGAGCUCUCCGCCGAGCCUCAGCACCAGCUCUUCCAGAUCAUGCAGCGUUACUCGGCGAACUGGGUGGACAAUUUCAACCACACCCGUCUGCACCGGGGGCUGUGCGUGAGCCGCCGGUGCCCGCGCGACACCAGCGCCCUCUACCAGCGCGCCCACAAUGACAGCCACCACACAGAAUCUUUGGAUACGUGGUUCGAGUCGUGCGUAAACGCGAGCACGAUGUCGGCGUACAACCUGUCGGCGCGGCUGUACCAGCUCGAGUACUGCCGGCGCGGCGCCGGCGGCGCGGACCCGCCGCUCACGUACAACGAGCGAGCGUUCGCCGGCGCGCUCGCCGCCGUGCUCGCGCUCGCCGCCAUCAGCACCGUGCUCGACGCCACGCUCUCCGACGACACAAAGAAAGGCGCGCCGUGGGCGGUGGCGUGGUCGGCGGCGGCGUGCUGGCGCGCGCUGGGCGCGGCGGCGGCGGCGCGGCGCGGCUCGGCGCUGGCCGCCAUGGACGGGCUGCGCGUGCUCGGCAUGAUGUGCUUCAUCAUCGAGCACGUCUGCUGGCUCAACUCGCUCUCCUACCUCGUCGACACCAGGCGCUUCGAACGGGACAGACUCGCAGAUGACGUGGUGUUGAUGACCAACGGCACGCUGGUGGUACAGGUGUUCUUCGUAAUGUCCUCAUUCCUGCUCGCGCAUAAGUUGCUGGAGCAACGGCGCCGAGAACAGCACGUGCCCAAGAUCGCCACCUUCGUGCGUACCAUGUUCAACAGGAUCAUCAGAAUGAGUCCGAGCUACUUCUUCGUGGUGUGGUUCGCGGCGAGCUGGUGGCAGCGCACGGGCGACGGGCCCAUGUGGGAGCCUCUGGUGGGCACCGAGAGCGCCAUCUGCAGACACAAGUGGUGGACUCAACUGCUCUACCUGAACAACGUUAUAUACCCGGACGAGAAGUGCCUCAUACAGACCUGGUACCUGGCGGCGGACAUGCAGCUGUACGCGCUGUCCCUGGUGCUGACGCUGGCGCUGUGGCGGCUGCGGCUCGGCGCCGUGUACGUGCUCGGCGCGCUCAUGCUGCUCUCGGUCGCCACCAACUUCACGCUCGCCUACCUCUGGCGGCUUGUGCCCACCUUCAUCCUCCACAGGCCUGAGUCGGUGCGCGUGGUGUACCGGGGCGAGGCGUCGUUCAACGUGCUGUACCAGUCGCCGCUGGGCAACCUGCCGGGCGCGCUGGCCGGCCUGCUGCUCGCGCACCUGCACCACGCGCUGCUGCAGCGCGGCGUGCCGCUCAACGACUACAAGGUGUUCCGGUGGGCGUCGGUGGCGGCGACGCCGCUGGCGGCGCUGUGGGUGGGCGCGUCGCCGCGGCUGCUGCGCGGCCGGCCGCCGCCGCGCGCCGCCGCCGCCGCGCUGGCCGCCGUCGAGCGGCCCGUCUUCGUGCUGCUGGUCGUGCUCGCCAUGCUCGGCGCCAUCAACGGCGUCCGCUCGCCGGUACGGUCGGUGCUGGCGUGGCGCGGCUGGGCGACGUGCGCGCAGCUGUCGUUCGGCGUGCUGAUGCUGCACAUGAUCAUCAACAAGUCGCUGGUCGCCGCGCGCCUCGCGCCCACGCAGCUCGACAGGCUCACCGCGAUCCUGGAGUGGUUCGGCGUGGCGUUCGUGUCGUACCUGGCGGCGCUGCUGCUGGCGCUGCUGGUGGAGCUGCCCACGCAGCGCCUGCACCGCGCGCUCAGCCAGCCGCCGCCGCCUGCACCCGCCGCCCACAAGAAGGACGCCGCCCAGUAGCGGCCUAUAACUCGCCUACAUCUGGCACUACGGAACUAUAGAUCAUACGGACGGCCGGUGAUCGGUGUUAGGAAUAUACACUGUAAUUAGGACACGCUAGCGGCAGCGAUCCCUAAAGCUGAAGCCACGGAACACUAGAAUUAACUAUUUUAAUUAAUAGAUUGAAAAAGGGACAUUUUGUGGUGGUUUACGGGAGAAUGUUUGAGAAUACAAAGUAUUUACCUGCAAAUUCCUAUUUUAGGAACUGCUGCAUUAGUACGUUCAUUAUAUUUUUGGGGUUACCAAUCUUAAUUACAGGCCUUACCCUGGUAAAUCUUUGUAAAUAGGCAGGUCAUACGUAUCUACCAGGUAUCGUUAAUUUAGAAAACUGUUAUAUAUUUGAGAACUUUAGACAGGUUCAGAAAGAUUUAUCUAUCAUAGUGUUUUGUAUUGUUUAGUUACCACUAAACGUCUACAGACUUUGGUCUGAGUACAUUUGAUGAGUAGGCUUUAAAUACAUUAAUGUAGAUAUUAUUUUUUAUAUAUUAUGUAAAUAGAUACCUACCUAUUCGUGAUGCAUCAACGUACGAACUGAUACACCGACGUUUUACCCCAUUUUCUAUAUACUUGUUCGUAAUAUCGAUGUGUUAGACAAUUUAAGGGAUAUCGCUUGUAAAAUGUAUUUCUCCGAAUAGUGAUUUUAAACCAAGAGUUAUUUAUGGGGAAAAAAAACUAUCUCCUGUGGAAUGUUCAUUGGACACGUAUAUUUUAUGCAUUAUUUAUGCAGAAAACAAUUGUGGUAAAUAUUUGUAUAUGCAUUAAACAUUUCCGGACGCAACAUCCUUCUUUUCUAUUCAUUCCAUCAGGGAAGGAGGGUCCCUAUCAAAUCUGGGAUCACAUUGGGGGGUAGAUGGACAAAAUCAGUCUAUAAUCCAACUGCACGUCGAGCUGGUCUAGUUCCGCUAAGAUCACGAAAAAAUCUCCGCCAGUUGCUUUAAUUGACUCUUUUACUUUAAUUGAUUCUGUCAACAAUGUCACUUUUACUAACUGUAUAUUUUCACAAUUCACCCUUCAGUUGAUUGGCGAGCUACUUACUAGAAGAAAAAUACCUAAUUUUCAGGGUAGACCUUUGUUUUAACAUUUAUAAAGUUGUAUCUACCAUUUAUAAUACUAUUUACUACAUAUAGUACUGUAAAUGAUAUUUUCAUCGAAUGAAAAAAGUGUUUAUUUUAUGCGACUUAGAAUGGUGAACAAACUGACGGCCCACCUGAUGGAAAAUGGUAACCGUCGCCUAUGGAAAUGUUCAUUGUUGGUAUCGGUGGAUUUAUUUAUCAAUACAUUUAUAUAUUUAGAAUUUAUAAGUUUUACAAAUGUGAUAGCAUGGGAUGGCUAUGGAGUAUGCCUAUAUGGUGAGAGACUUACUAGGUAGAUUUGUAUAAAGGUGAAUAAAUAUUUGUAAAUAUA